UGUGCCAUGAUCGACUUCCUGCUCGACCUGCAGCGCCAGCACACUCGCACGCCUUCGUAUUGUGAGCCGUGCGCUGGAUUUGAGACAAUAAGAUCUAUAUCUUGAUGUCCACCCGACGGACCUCCAGAUACACUUUAGCCUAAAGUUUAGGAGCCAACCAUUCCCAAAGGCAAGCAGAUGCCCCCCUCCCCCCCAUUGAGGCCGAUUGUAUGUGCUGCCGUCGUCGACCUCACAGACCCGAUUGAGGUCGGGUAUGCAAGGAUUCACUGCGUACCGUUUAUGGAGUUUGAGCUGCCGGCCGUUUCUAUUCCUCAUUCUCCUCCGGGACAAUGGCGUCUUCCUAUCCGUUCACUACGUGGCACGAUGCGCUGCUGCAUGCACAAGAAGCUUGGACAGAAGCACUGCAGCCAAAUCUCCUUCCGUAUGCGGCGUCGAACGCAUUGGCUGUGGCUCUGCAGCUUUUGCUAGUCCUGAUCGCCCUCACGUGGCUGGCAAGUGUCGUAACGCGCAACUACUCGUUCACUGACCGUCUGUGGUCUAUCACUCCGCCGAUGUUUGCUUGGCACUUUGCCUUUCACGCAUACUUGAGGGAUGACGGUGUGUGGGACCAGCGAUUACUAUUGAUGGCAGUGUUGACGACGCUAUGGGGCUGCAGACUCACAUUUAACUUCUGGCGCAAAGGAGGUUACAAACUCAGCGAGGAGGACUAUCGAUGGGCUGUCGUACGGCAAUACAUGCACUGGACGCUGUUCGAAGUGCUGAAUCUCACGUUCAUCGCUGGCUAUCAACACCUGCUACUCUUGCUGCUGACUGUACCUUCCUACGUGGUGUAUUUCCAUCGCCACGAGGAGUUGAACGAGGUGGAUGUAGUCGCGACGGUGUUGUUCCUCUUGUUCCUAGUGCUUGAGACCGUAGCUGACCAACAGCAGUGGAAUUUCUACAGCAUGAAAUACAAGUUGAUCGCACUGAAGAAGCCGCUCACUGGAGACUACAAGGCCGGUUUUAACCGUAGUGGGCUCUUCCGCUACAGUCGGCACCCGAAUUUCUUCGGCGAAAUGUCACUCUGGUGGGCUUUCUACAUCUUUAGUGUUGCUGUUUCGAAGCAGACGUUCAAUUCAUCGAGUUUGGGCACGAUCUUGCUGACGCUGCUGUUUCAGGGAUCGGCGCCUUUCACGGAGUACGUCACAGCGUCCAAAUACCCAUUGUACAAGCUCUACCAAAGCCGUGUACCGAUGCUCAUUCCCUGGCUCUCUUCGGCUGUACCAAUCUCUGACAGCCACAAGGAGUAGUGUCAGAAGUGUCAAGUGGGCCAUGCUUUACAUAUUUUUACGCCAGCUCUCCGCGACGCCGACGGCGAAACAGUCAUUACAGUAGCUGCGAAUCGCAGCCUGCGAUAUGGGGAUCAGUAGGAUCACAUUUUUUCAUUAUACGUUGAGACCCUGAACUUGAUUGCAGAGGUGAAGCAAUUUCACUCGUAUAAUACUAGGUAUGCGUUGAGAAUAUUAUUUUCCCCAUUUGAGACAACCGCUAUGUUAAGCUUCUGUAUCAAUUCCAAAUAAGUGC